UCACAUUUAUUGCAAUGAUCACUGGGAUUGACAUGGUAGUAUAGAGGUGGAGCUUUCGCCUCACAAUCAGAAAGCUGUGAGUUCAAUCCUAGGUAGUGGCAGAUAUUUCUCUCUCUGGGCGCUAAGAGAACAUAUCUGCUGUGAACUCCACAUAGGCAUCAGGAAGGGCAUCCAGCCAGUCAACGCUCAAGCUCCAUUCAAUCGCCCUGACUCCACCCCUUCACAGCAUCUUUAAAAGAAAAAAAGUGCAAUGAUCACUGGGUGCCUGUUUGAUAGAAAUAGAGAUUCCCACCAACUGGAAAAACUAAGAUUUCUUUUAGAAGUUGAAGAAGUUUAUUUCAGGUUCUAGUGAAGAAUCCACACAGUUUGUGUGCAAAAACUUUGCCUAGUCACAAAUACAGCAGAGUUAAAGGCCAGAUAAAAACCAAACCAAGUAAUGGAUUUUCCACUCAAACGUAGGAAUUGUUUUGCAUGUCGCCUUUUUUCCCAUGUAGCCUCCAAGAAAACAGAAUAGAAGUCUCCGUUGACAAACUAAUCCAGAUAAUGUUGAAGUUCUUUAGAACUUUGCUUAAAAGUUCAGGGCUUGCAUUGUUCUCUCCUCUGAGCCUACCCUCAGUUGGAGACAUGGUUUUAUUUUGGCUCCAAGUUAGCUAGAAUGGAUUUAUAUGGGAGUCAACCUGCUCGAAGAACAAGCGGAAGGAUGUGAGUUUCCAGCAGCUUUAACUUGUCUUUGUUCCUGCUUUUGUUUGCCUUUAAAUAGGCUAUUGUAAAGAGAAUAUUCUCUGCUCGGAAUCGGUAGGUUUCUGUAACUCCACUUGCUAAUGCAACAAAGAAUGUCUUUCAAGACAAUCCCCCCAAGAAGUCAAUACUGGCAUUUCUGUGGAUCAGCAAAGCUGGAAACGGCACACAAUCUCACUUAGCAUUUCAAUGGAACUAAAAAUUAUUCAUUUAUGUAUGUUUUAGUGAGUGUCAGAUUAAUUAAAGACAAUGGAUGAUGUGAAAACUAACUCCCCAUGUCAUCCUUCUCUGUUUCUGUCCCAUUAAACAAUGAGAAGUGUUGACACCUUUGAGGUGGGCUCCAGAGGUCACAUUUGACAUUUCCAGAAGCUGCAUGAUAUCCGUUGAGUUCAUACCAGGCUUUUUUAGUUCCUGUUAGAACAGUCCACAGGUUUCACGUACAUCAUAAGCACAAGGAAGGUCAACUCGCGUAGCCAACUCUCUGCUAAUAAUGUCUGUUGCUUUCAUCUUCUGAAAGGUGGCUGGCACGCUCUGCUUAACUUCUGUUUGAUGAACUUUUGCUUUCAUCUCAUGGUGGACAUGCUUCUUCUAGUAGGUUCUCCCAAAUCUGUCUCCCUUCCAUUUCCAUCCACUGGUUCUGGCUCUGCCGUCUGGGGCAACAGAGAAUUUAAUGCCUCUACGAAUCAGGGAAGGAGAUCAACAAACGUAGCAUCCCAUCUCCUACCGUGGUUACUCAAAAAACUUCAGAAGUCAAUAUGGACAUAAAAUAGGCACAUACUUCCCUUACUCUACAAAAUGGUCAGACCUCUCUUUAUAGACCAGGGGGUUUUCAAACUUGGCCCUUGUGGAUUUCAACUCCCACAAUUCCUCAGCCAGGCACGCUGGUGGAGGAAUUCUAGGAGUUGAAGUCCACAAGUCAUAAAAGGGCCAAGUUUGAAGACCCCUGUUAUAGACACUGAGAUUAGCGGCCUUCAAUGCCAAUGCUUGUUCUGCAGAUGAAGGUUGCAUGGUUUGAACCAACAAUCCUUAAUAACCUUUUCAAGCUAAGGAGAAUUCUUAACACACAGGACAAGGCUGGAAAGGUUUAUCUCAAACCAUCUAAUAAUAUUACUGUCAAUGGCUGCAUUAAAUGGGCCCUCUAGCAGGACAAACAAUAUAGUGACUAACAAAAGAGAAUAUUUAUAAGGUAAUAUAUGGGAUCCUUGGUGCUCUCUGAGCUGGGUUAUUUUCUUGCAGACGUUUCUUUACCCAACUAGGUAGCAUCAUCAAGGCUAGAAGGCAGUGAGGCUUGCUCUCUUGUUAUAUACAUGUGGCUUGCCCUGUUAGUGUUUCUUGGUGUGUCCUUGGUGGUGCUUUGAUUGGGCUGUUGUUUACCGGUUAUUUGCCUGAGCUGACAGUUCCUUGAUUGGAAUGUUGUUUACUACUUGAUUGUUGGUCUAGUAUUAAUCUUGGUGUUAAUCUCUGCUUAUCUGGGGGUAACUUUCAGGAUCUUUUCCCAGAGAGGGCUCGGUGACUUGAUCAAGUAAAAUAUCCAGGCUGUAAUUAAUUCCACUUGCCAACAUUUCUCAUUCCCAAGGCAUCAGUUUGCAGUCUUUUUUUUUUAAAGCCUGCAAUUCAGUCAUCUGCCACUCAGCUUUACACUUUACUGGUGGGGUGGGGUGGGGGAAGCACAAGAAAUUUACUCCCUUCCAGUCAACCAGUUUUCUAGAAAUGACAGGAGCAGCCGAGUUGCCAGCACUGCAGUAAAUAAACCCACUUGGGAGCAAAAGAUUAAUUUAUCAUACGUAGUCCAAGGAAGGCAGAUAGGGAAUGAGUGUGAUAGAUUUUCUCCAGCCAUUUAAUUAAAUUUAGACGUUACUAAUAAAAGUGUGUUAUUUCUCAGGUUGGUAAAGCCUUGGAUACAAUCAUUUCAAGAAGCUGAAACCAACCUCCUUACAAAGCUAGUGGUCUGUGGGCCUUCUUUGUCUUGCAAAGAACAAACUUGGGAAUAUUUAAAUGGCUAGUAGGAUGGAAUCUUCCAGAAAGACUUCUACAGAGGAUCACUUAGUUUAGAAAAGAUGCUACAUAAAUCAUUGCAUUUUGCAAGGUGAUGGAUGGACAUCAUUUGUAUUCCGCAUGAGUCGGCAUACCGUUAUACUAUAAAUAAAGCAUUGAAGCUGAAAGAAAGAAAACAACAGGAUGUUAUUCCAUUCAAAAAAGCACUCACCAAUUGGCUACAUAAAUUGCUGAUGAUUUAUAUGAUUUAAAUUGCUUCACAGGAUGAAUGUGAAGGAAAGGGGGAGGAGUUAGCUUCUUUUUUAAUCCACAGUUUCUUCAGUCUGCAAGUUCGCUCCACAAUAAAUAAAAGACUUAACAAUCUACCUUACAAACACAUAUACACACACACACAGCACAAAGAGGCUGAGAGCAUUUUGACAACUGGGAUCAAACUAACACUCCAUCUGGUGUCCUUCAGAUGAGAUAGACUACAGCUUCAUUUAUUCGCAGCCAGAAGAGUGGCUUUGGGUAAAGUAAGCUGUAGUCCAUCCCCUUUGUAGAAGACCACCUUAGGUGUUGAGUGUCACUCAAGCAAGAAAAGUCACAGAAUAAAGAUACUAACACCAACAUUUCACAUCUCCUUUUUUUUCCAGACAGAGACCCAAACCACUAUACAACCUCAAUUGGGCAACCUGAGAAUGGAAUGGGGUAGGGUAGGGUAGGGUAGGGUAGGGUAGAAUAGAAUAGAAUUCUUUAUUGGCCAAGUGCGAUUGGAUACACAAUACCAUCAUCAUGAUGAGUUUAAAAUGAUAGAACAGCCUACUAAAUAAUAUUAUCUCCAGAUAUAUUUGAACAUUUUUUUAAUGAAGAUGUGCACUUGAAUCUAAUUGGGGAACAAAACUAAGUCCCUGAUUAAAAAUGCAUCUGAAGCCAGGAGCCUCCAACUCUAUUGAUAAUUUAACCAGAUGGAUUAGUCUGAAAGGAACUAUUUUGAAAUGCAUGUGAUUUUUAUGCAGUUCACAUUGCCACUCUUUUCUCCCCUCCUUCCCCCUCCCCUCUCUAACACAUGCCCACGCACACCACAUAAGCUCAUACUCAAACUUGUUUGAAACAGAAAAGGAAUACAACUGGCAGUGCUUUAACAGAAUCCAGAGAGUUGCUUCUCAUGCUUUGCAACAUCUGUGUCCAAAAGGCAGCGGUACAGCUAUGGGGACAACAGAAAAGGACAGCAAACUUUGAAAAAAGACAUGAGCAGCCAAAGAAUGGAACACCAAAUUGGUAAUUUGGUCUCCCUUUUUCUCCCUCUCCCCCCAGAAAUCUUUCCUGAGAGAAACAAUGGUUAUUAUCUGCCUUGCUUUUGUGGUUUUUUUCUUUCUGAUGCUCUCUUUUAUUCUAUCUUUUGUCCCUUCUCCUAAUUUUCUGUCUUCUGCUUCUAGGAACACAGUCUUGAUUUAUAUGCUCAGGCAGCCUAUAGCUUCACCUUUUCUCCAACAAUUGAUAUCCCCUGCUAAGGAAUGAAUCUAUGCAUGAAUAACUGCCGUAAUAACAACUACCAGUUGUUCUGACUUUCCAGCCUGUUAUUUAUACUCAAAGUAAUACAACAAUAAUGCUAAUGUGUUUUGUCUCUUCAUCCUGCAGCUAUGUCUGAGGGAACUCAACUGGGACUGAAUUUGUCCACCUAUCUGGGCAAUGGAUGUAUGACUGCUGCAGAACAUCGCUUUCAGCACCAUGGACAGUUCUCAGCCCCCAUCACUAUCCUGCUGGCGAUCCUCAUGGGACUCCUAGUGUUGGUCACUGUCCUGGGCAACGCGUUGGUCAUCUUGGCAUUUGUGGUGGAUAAAAGCCUACGGACCCAGGGGAACUUCUUCUUCCUGAACUUGGCCCUGGCAGAUUUUUUAGUGGGUGGAUUUUGUAUUCCCCUUUACAUCCCGUAUAUACUGACCGAUGAAUGGAAAUUUGGAAAAGGCCUGUGUAAGCUCUGGUUAGUGGUCGAUUACCUCGUCUGCACAGCCUCUGGAUUCAACAUUGUCUUGAUCAGUUUUGACCGAUUCAUCUCCGUAACAAGGGCGGUGAGCUACAGAGUUCAGAAAGGGAUGACCAAAACCACAGUGGUGAAGAUGGUAAUGGUGUGGAUUGCAGCAUUUCUCCUUUAUGGUCCAGCCAUUAUCAGCUGGGAGUACAUAGCCCAACAAAGCAUCAUCCCUGAGAACAAGUGUUACGCCGAGUUCCACUACAACUGGUACUUCCUCAUGAUUGCCUCCACCAUUGAGUUCUUCACACCAUUCAUCAGUGUCACCUACUUCAACUUAAGCAUCUAUUUCAACAUUCGCAAGCGGACACAGGUCGGAAGUGAGAGCUCCUCAGCAGCCCAAAAGGACUGUGAACUUUUUUGCUGCAGGAAGAAACGAGAGCAUGCCAUAGUUUUCACAAAAAGAAGGGACAAAAGGAACGAAAAGGUGAACAGCUUCACCCCUAGCAAGCCUGCUGUGGGGAGGCUCAGCAUCCAUAACCUCCAGACACACUCAGUAGAGCUUAACAUCAAUCAAGACUUUCCACCUUGGCAGGUAGACAUUCAGACUAAAUCACCGUGGGGUGGUGUCUACAAAGCUCUAGAGAACAUAUCCAGCACCACACGGAAAGCAGAGGUGGCCAAUACCGCAGCUAGCCGGUUUAGGCUUUCCAGAGAUAAGAAAAUAGCCAAAUCUUUAGCCAUUGUUGUCUGCAUCUUUGCGGUAUGUUGGGCACCCUACACCCUUCUAAUGAUCAUCAGAGCUGGUUGUCAUGGGAGAUGCAUCCACAAUGAUCUCUAUGAAGUAUCGUUUUGGCUACUGUGGUUGAAUUCAGCUAUUAAUCCCGUAUUAUAUCCUUUGUGCCACAUCAGUUUCAGGAAAGCCUUUUAUAAAUUGCUCUGCCCAGCCAAAGCAAAAAUCCACCCCAAUAUUUUUACGUGAGAGAGAACAUUGAAGAGAUGUUUCUGCCUAGAUACGUUUGACAUAGAACCACUGAGCAUGAACUUGUCCUCCAAGUAUGAAAGAAAAAUUCAAAUGUUCUAUUCCGAGAAUGGAGAAAGCUCAAUCUAGAUUUUAGAAAGUGCAAGAAUUUACAGUACUUUGCAGUGCUUAUGUAUGCAAAUGAGGACUUAUUUAUUCUCUGGUACCUAAGCUUAGCACGCUUUGUAAAUUCCCAACCAAAUCCUUCUUAAGAAAUAAUGUAAUUCUGAUAAGGCAAUUUAACUAGGGGACAUUGUACACUUGUUUUGAAGUAAUUGCACAUUUAAAAAAAAGGCAGUUUCUUUUUGCCUGUAAGGGUUUUUGUACUGAUGUGAAUUUUUUUUUCUUCUAAGAAUUACUUGUCCACUUUAUAUUGCAGAAAACACAGUGCAAUGGAGCAUCUCCCACUAGAUGUUCUAGUUUGUGGGUGGACCUUGCUCAUGAGCGGAGGUGCUUUCCCAAGGAUUACUCAUAGUUCUAAAGAAUUAUUCCAACUUGGCAAAAUGCCACUCAUAAGCAAAGUUAAAAGUCAAAGCUCAUCUCCAUUUCAAGGCCAUUGAGUCAGCACUGUCCAAAGACAUGUCUGCCAGCAUGACAUCACGGAACGCUGUUACCUUCCCACUAAAGUGCUACCUAUUUAUCGACUCACAUUUGCACACUUUCCAACUGCUAGGCUGGCAGGAGCUGAGGUGAGGAUGGGAACUCGCGCAGUUGCCUGGAGCUUGAAUCUUGAACCUGGGCUGCCGACUUUCCAGCCUACAAGGCCAGUGUCUUGACCGCUACCGCACUGCCCUAUUCAUAAGCAAACCUGCUGCAAAAGCUGGGUCAAAAAGUAAGAUGGAUUUCAUCAGGCAAUUUCAAGUCAACACACCAAGCCGUAACUUAUUGAAGGCAUAGCUUCACACAUGUGAAAUCAGCCACGGUUGCUAUGCCAGCACUCUUAAUACAGUCAUCAAUUGCAGUGUCCUUUUAAAAAGAGCUAGUAUUAUUAUUAAAUGCAACUGGAGAGAGUGGAGGCCAUACCCAUUAAUAGCAACUUUAUUGUUAUACUAGCACAAAUUAAGGAUACAGAUUGUGUUUCCCCCUAAUUUGACAGUACUGAAGGUUAUAUACUCUAUAGACCACCAUUUGUUUUGAAUCUUCUUACUAUUAUCUUGAUAAAUAUGCC